CAAGAUCAACAGCUCAUGUGCUGGAAACAGAUGGCCCCGCCAAGAAACUUUGGCUCUCUUGAAGAUAAGGUCGGAUAUGGAUGCUGUAUUUCGUGAUUCAAGUCUUAAGGGUCCACUUUGGGAAGAAGUUGCAAGCUUUUUUCUUCUCCCGUUUUGAAGAAACUAUGUAUGCUGGAAGCUAGCUAGCUUCUUCAUGAUCAUGCAUGGAGAUUUUAUGAACUCUUCAUCAAUUUCGAAACCAAAAAGUUUUUCAGACCCAUUUCCUGUCGCUGUGUUUUUUUAUAUAAACCAAUUGGGAGGGAGGGAGCGGGGGAAACAUUAUAUUUUAUAUUUUUACUUUUAUGUUUGCGUAUAAGAUAAUAAUUAAUUAAUCAUCGUUGUUAAAAUCCGCAGUAUCAAGAUCACCCACAUGUCUGAAAUUCUUCUAACUCAAUCUUGUGUUAUACACAUAUAUAGCGAAUCAAUAGUCGUAAUGAAUCAUGGUGAGAGUAAAACUUGUAAGUUUAUGCAGGAUUUGCUCUCGAUCGAAUUUUUUUGUUGAGUUUAUCUUUUGUUUCAGCCUUUCAGUUUAUAUUUUCUGCGUCUUAUUUAUUGUUCAGUACUAUUUUAGGAAUCAACUACCCUCAUGUUUUCAUCAGUACGGCAAAGCCGUCUAAAAAUUUACCCUUCUUUACGUGAAAGGAAGUGGCUUUAUUUAUUUUUUGUUUUCUUUUCACUAUUUUCAACAGACAUAUGUAUUUCAUGGUAAAACUUGAUCAUUCUCUUUCUUUGUCUCCCUCCCUCUCUCUUUAUAUAUGUUCAGGAAACUAGCAGAACUGGGUUACCACCGAAGCGCGAAGAAAUGUAAGGAGAAAUUCGAGAAUGUGUACAAGUACCACAAAAGAACCAAAGAGAGUAGAAGCGGGAAACAGGAGGGGAAAACCUACAAGUUUUUUGAUCAAUUACAAGCACUUGAGAACCAAUUCAUAGUCUCUUACCCGUUAAAACCACAACCCACUUUGACAACAACAAACACGGUUGCAUUAUUACCUCCGCCAACAAGGCCUAGUGAUACAACAACAAUCUCUUAUGUCACCACCACUGUUCCCUCCAUAAACCCUACAGCAAUAUCUCCCACACCACCUCCACCACUACCACCUACCAAUGCCACCACCACAACCACCAUCACUUCUCCAACAGUACAAGCCAACCCUAGAAACCCUCCGCAACCCAACAACAAUAACCAUGACAUCCCUUACUCUUUGCCUAACAUGAACAACCUCUUCUCCACCACUUCAACCUCUUCUUCCACGGCCUCUGAUGAAGACUUGGAAGAGAAAUACCGGAAGAAGAGAAAGUGGAAGGACUACUUCAGGAGGCUCACAAGGCAAGUCCUGGCCAAGCAAGAAGAAAUGCAAAAGAGGUUCCUGGAAGCCAUAGACAAAAGGGAGAGAGAGCACGUGGCACAGCAAGAGGCUUGGAGGAUCCUAGAAAUGGCAAGGAUCAAUAGAGAACACGAACUUCUUGUCCAAGAAAGAUCAACCGCAGCAGCCAAAAAUGCAGCAGUUAUUGCUUUUUUGCAACAGUUAUCUGGUCAGAACCAGAACCCCUCAACACAAGCCGGUGCCAAUUUCCUUCAAACACCGCCUUCACAACCACCACCUCCACCCCAAGUAUCACAAGUGAAACCACCACCGCAACCACAGACACCAUUGGUGAUGUCAAAUAAUAACAAUAUUGAAAUUCAGAAAAUGAAUAAUGGUCACAGUACAGUUGCUGCAACUCCUACUACUGCUGCUACUGCUAUUUGCGUUGUUUCUACCGCUCCUACUUCUUUGAAUUCUUUAUCUUCUUCUAGGUGGCCGAAAGCAGAAGUUCAUGCCUUGAUAAGGCUGAGGACGAGUCUUGAAACCAAGUACCAAGAAAAUGGACCAAAGGCUCCACUAUGGGAGGACAUAUCAGCAGGAAUGUUGAGGCUCGGGUACAACAGGAGUGCGAAGAGAUGCAAAGAGAAGUGGGAGAACAUCAACAAGUACUUCAAGAAAGUGAAGGAAAGCAGCAAGCACAGGCGAGAGAAUAGUAAGACAUGUCCCUAUUUUCAGGAACUGGAUGCCAUAUACAAAGAAAAGAGCAAAAGUCAGAACCCCUUUGGCGUUUCAUUCCUGAACAUGAAGCCACAUGAGAUGAUGGAGCCCUUGAUGGUGCAACCGGAGCAGCAGUGGAGACCUCCCUCGCAAUACGAGCAAGGUGGAGUGAAGGAGAACAGUGAAAGUGAAUACGAAAGAAAAGAGAGAGAGGAGGAAGAGGAAGAUGAUGAUGAAGAAGUAGAAGAGAAUGAGAACGAAGAGGGAGAUCUAGAGAGUGUGGAAGACGAAGGAGGGAGCCGUUAUGAGAUUGCGACAAAUAAACUUUCUUCAGUGGACACAGUUGAAUGAGACAAGAUAAGGAAGUUUCUGAUUGGAUGGAGAGUUUAAUUUUAAUUUUUAAUUUGAAUUUGAAUUUAAUUUUUUUGGGGGUUUUAAUUAUUUAAUUUGAUUUAAUUUGAAAUUUCCAAUUUGGGGUUAGGAGAUGUCACUGAAAGGUUUUCAUAGCAGAUACACACUAAAGGGCAAGCCAGAAACACCUGCACCAUAAAAUUCAAUUCUUUAAUAAUGACCCAUCUAAAAGCAUGGUGGUGCACAAGGUACCUAUCUGACACACUUUCUGAUCAUGGGCCAGCUUAAAAGCAGAUCAUUGGAGUUGUGGGUCACAUUCCGGCCGCCAUGAACUGGGAUCAGAGUUAAGAUCGUUAACAACAGUUCACAUGGGCCAGCAAAGCAGAAGAAGUUGUAGUGGGUGUACAUGUUUUAGCGCUCUUGAAUUUAUAAUGUGUAAAGUGUAUAUUGAAGAUGACAGACAAACAGAGAGAGAGAGAGAGAGAAAGAAAGAGAGAGAUAAUGAGGUCCCAUAACAGUUUAAUAAAAUAAAAAAUGGUCACAUGCAACUCUUGUAAUUUUCCUUUACUUUCAUUUUGUAUCACGGAACCACUGUGUAGUUCUACUUUCA